GGCAGUCACAUCCUACAGAAACUUCGCCCAAUGGAACAGCUCCAGCAACUGCUGAUCGAAUGCCAGGGACCAGAUGCUGAUGAGGUCAAGGGCUUCUUCCGGCUACAUCGGAUUGAGCUGGCCUGUGCUACAUGCUUGGCAAUAGCCUGCUCUCGGCCACUAGCAGAGCAACAGGUUGGAGACUGGGCAAGGAUGGCGUUCUUCAUGUACGGAGGGGAAGCUCAGUAUAACUUCAGCGCCCCUUCUUUCGGAGGUCACAUGGGUGCUGCCAACAUCGGUCCAGCAUCCUUCUCUUCUGGUAUGCAGCCCGCCCACAUGUCCACACCAGCUCCACACAGCUUCCAGCAGUCCUUCUACCAACCAGGACUUACCUCCCUUGGCAGCCACUCCCAGGAAGUCAUUUACUCCGGCAAACAUAACGGCAUCUGUAUUUACCUCAGCAGAAUACUCAGGUAUGGAAGUCUGGAAGUAUGGAAUACUAUUAGUUACACAGUGCCCUUUUGGGAUUCACAGGUAACGACGGAGUUUCCCUGUCAGACACCUCAAGGAAUGGUCACUUAUCUGACUAGCAGCUACAGCAGCGACAACAUCACCACCACCCUGGAGCUGGUGCGGGACCUCCUCGACUUUAUGGACUUCAACUCCAGGUUUGACUCGGGUGGCCCAGUAGAUAGCAGUAAACAUGACAAAAAGAAACUACAAGCGGAGGCCCAGAGACAGGAGAAGAUCUCCCUCCAGCACAUCCAGGACAUGCUGCACCGUGUGGAGGAGGUCCUGGGGCUGUGGAAGGUCCUGUUUGAUCACCAGUUCCACGUCAUCGCAUCCGGCCUCACCAAGAUCAACUUCUAUGAGGGCAUCGUUGAGAUGUGUCUGACGGAGGCUCGUAAACUCGACCCGCAGGACCUGGCGUCCCACUUCUAUCAGAACGGGGAGCCACCUGAAGACACCCAGGGAUUCCAGGCUUACUACCACAGGUUGGAGUGCUACAAGUGCAUCACUGAGAUCCUGGGCUACUUGUGGUCGGCCAGCGUAUCUCACCCCCAGGCUCCCAGUGUACCCAAGUCUCCUGGCCCACCUCCAGCCCCGGACCCCAGCCGUGUCGCCGCGCCACAGGCAGACCAAUAUAGGACGGAUAUCCUGAGGAUGGCCCUCAAGUCGGAAGACGCUCUGUUCCACACGUCCCUGUACGACUGGUUCUUCAUCACCAACAAUUCCGAGAAACUCCUAGAGAUCCAGACCCCAUAUGUGGAGGCAUAUCUGAAGCGGAAGACACAACUACACUCUGGCAAUGUAGAGGCUCUUGAUAUGCUGUGGAAGUACUAUGAGAAGAUCCAGAACUUCCCCGCUGCAGCAAAGAUCUUGUCCCAACUGGCAGAGAGACACAGCAUGGAUGUGCCCCUCCACCAGCGUAUCGAGUACCUUUCACGAGCCAUCAUGUGUGCCAAGAGCUCAACAUCUAGGAUCAUGUCUGCCGCUGGGGGAGAAUUCUUGCACGAGCUUGAAGAGAAGAUGGAGGUUGCCCGUCUCCAGCUGCAGGUACAGAAGGCGUUGGCCAAGUCCCUCGGCCUAUCCAUCCCACACGGUGACACCAGGGGGCUUCUGGUCAGGCUGGACUCGGAACUGCUGGACAUCACCACGCUGUACGAAGAGUAUGCAGACAGGUUUGACUUAUCGGAGUGUAAGCUGGCCAUUGUCCACUGUGCUGGACUGUACGACAAUGCGCUUAUUGAUAACCUGUGGCAGAGCAUCAUUGAUAAAGGCUUUAGAAGCAGAUGGAUUCGGUCCCACACUCGUGGCUGGACGCUGCGAUGGCUGGCCUCCGACAGAGAGGUGGUGUCCCACCAGGUGCGGGUGUGUGUGUCGGGUCUAUGGCGGGCAGUGCUCCCAACCUCAGCUUAG